AUGGACUGGCGCCGCCUCCUGCUCGACACGCUCGACUACGCCCAGCUCGUCAUCUUCGGAGCCUACUUCUUCUACACGCCCCCAACCCCCGCGCCAACCCACACGCCAGGCAUGUGCCGCUGGGACGACUGCGUCGCUCACGCUGUGACCGCCGACCCGAACCCCGCGCUGUGUGCGACUCACCUCGCUGCUUGGGAUAGGGGCUCGAGGCCGGGACUGUAUAGGUCUUGA